CUCACCUCUAGAUCCCAUACAACAGUUAGAACUCUACUAAAGCCUCUACCGCAAGCUCAAGAAACAUUUGCCUGCUCAAUAUUCGACUCUUUCCUCUCAAUUGACCCUCAUCAUCCAACGCAAACCAGCAAACAUGACUUCAAUUCUCCCCCCUUUCCCCAGAUUCGUCAUGUGUAUCUUUGAACCCAUUGCAACGGCUGCUGGAUUUACUCUUCCGUUUCUAGCUACAGAGUUAUUCGCCGCUGAGCAAAUUCCCGGAUCACCCGUGGAAGCCAUCUCGGACAAUACCCGCAUGCUGGCGUUGCAACUGGGCAAUAUCUAUCUCCUUCUUGCUAUGGUCGCAGUUGCGGUCCUAUACAGCACCACGGAACCAAAGGUAGUCAGAAAUUAUGUGAUUGCUCUUUGGCUAGCGGAUAUUGGUCACAUUGCUACUACUGGAUAUGUGAUGGGCUAUGAUAAGUUUAUUGACUUGGCAAAUUAUAACCCAACAACGUGGGGAAACGUUGGACUUACGGCCUUUCUAUGUGCAACUCGUACGGCGUACCUCUUGGGUCUUUUUGGUCCGGAUAGAAAGCCUUUGCCAGCCGACAAAAAGGGGCAGUGAGGAGAGCAAAGGACUGUGGGCCAGGAAACUUAGCGCUGCCCUUAUGCUUUAUAUGUAGUCAAGCUGCUUCGUUUUCUCGUCGGAAGCUGUAUUCCACCCAUGAUAGGAGAGGAAAGGAGGGGUAUUGUUUUAACUUGUAUUCAACAUUCAAGAUUUUCUAGUCUUGCACUGCUCGAAGGGGGCUUAAGUUUUCGCAAAUGAGAGAAUCAGUUGUGUCUUAUGUGUUUAUUCUAUCCUGUUCAGCUACGAAUCCCGUCAUCAAAUAUUAGUUCCGACAAACACAAUCAGCACAGCAACAUAAGCCAAG